AUCUGUUGAGAAAGAAGAAUGAUCGGUUGAAAGGAGUUGUUUGCUCUGCUGUUAUUCUUCGUCAGACGGCCGCCCCCACCACUGGAGCCGUAUCCUCAAGAUGGUAUUCGCGAAGACGUUCUCAAACUUGGUGGACUACCCACUCGAAUCUUUGCUCAUUUUGUCAUGUGUGCUCUCCACUGUGUAUAUCCUCAGCAAUGAAUUCGUGCGGUAUAUGGCCCGCAUUAAGGGUUUUAAGGGUCCGCCGGGCCUUCUCAUGAUUGGAAACCUCGAGCAAAUCCAGGAGAAUGCCGCUGAGCAAUAUCGGCAAUGGUCUGCAGAGUACGGCCCCGUAUACCAGAUCCAGUUGGGCAAUAUCCCUAUCAUUGUGGUUAAUACAGCAGCCUCUGCAAAGACACUGUUCAGCCAGAAUUCUCAAGCAUUAAGUUCACGACCUGAGUUUUACACAUUUCACAAAGUGGUGUCAAACACCGCCGGUACAACAAUUGGAACUUCUCCUUAUAGUGAAUCUCUUAAGAGGCGAAGAAAGGGAGCGGCUGCUGCUCUCAACAAGCCAUCUGUCCAAUCAUAUGUGGGCCAUUUGGAUCUCGAAACUAAGGAUUUCAUUGCUGAACUGCUUAAAUAUGGACACGCGGGGAAUACAGCUAUUGACCCCAUGGUUAUGAUCCAGCGACUCAGUCUUAGCCUUGCUCUUACCCUAAACUGGGGUGUACGGAUGGCAUCGCAAGAGGAGGAGCUUUUCAAGGAAAUCACACAUGUCGAAGAUGAGAUUAGUCGAUUCAGGAGCACCACUGGAAACUUACAGGAUUAUAUCCCGCUUCUUCGCUUGAAUCCCUUCAAUUUUGGGUCCAAGAAAGCCGCAGAAAUGCGAGAUCGCCGUGAUAAGUACUUGCAACACUUGAAUGCUGGCCUUGAGGAAAGGAUGGCCAAGAAUGAGCAUCAGCCAUGCAUUCAAGCCAAUAUUAUGCUUGACGAGGACGCGAAAUUGAAUAAAGAAGAGCUUACUUCAAUUAGCUUGACUAUGCUUUCUGGAGGAUUGGAUACCCUGACUACAUUAAUAGCUUGGAGCAUUGCUCUCUUUUCUCAAAGACCCGAUAUCCAGGAUAAGGCUGCAGACGCUAUCAAAGAGUUUUAUUCUCAAGACCAACCAUUAUGUGAUGCAGUAGAUGACCAAAAGUGUGAAUAUAUCGUUGCGUUGGGCAAGGAGUGUCUUAGGUAUAGAACAAUACUUCACACCUGGUUACAUUAUGUUGGACACGCAGGGAACGGUCCUAGAAAGGAAACCGAACUGACUGUAUGCUAUAGGUAUUUCACGGUCCUCCGCCUUGCACUCCCGCGAACCUCGAUCAAGGACAUCACAUAUGAGGGCAAAGUCAUCCCAAAAGGAACCGUCUUUUUCCUCAAUGCUUGGGCAUGUAACAUGGGUCAGUAUACUUAUUUUAUACACUUCCAUCCUAUAUGUGCAGUGUCCUCGUGCUAACUCUUUUAUUUUUAAAGACCCCUAUAUAUGGACUGACCCGGAAGUAUUUCGCCCCGAGCGCUGGAUCGAAAGACCAGAAGCACCACUAUUCACAUAUGGCCUCGGCUAUCGUAUGUGCGCUGGAUCGUUGCUGGCCAACCGCGAGAUUUAUCUUAUCCUAAUCCGCAUGCUAAACAGCUUCAGAAUUACUUCAGUCGAAAAGGUCAACACUCAUCCAAUCCAUGGAAAUUCUGAUCCAACGAGCUUGGUGGCCAUCCCUAAUAAAUAUAAGGUGAAAUUUAUACCGAAGAACAAAACUGCACUCGAUGCGGCCAUUUCUAAUUUCUCUUCGAAAUAAUACGAUACAAGGAUUUUUGUACAUAUGUGCUUAAUCUGCCCUGACAACGA